UCGGUGGUGAUAUCAUCUGCCAGGCCAAGUCCGGUCUCGGAAAGACUGCUGUCUUCGUCUUGACCACCUUGCAGCAGGUCGAGCCUGUUGCUGGCGAGUGUUCCGUCCUCGUCAUGUGCCACACUCGUGAGCUGGCCUUCCAGAUCCGCAACGAGUACAACCGAUUCAGCAAGUACAUGCCAGACAUCAAGACGGGUGUCUUCUAUGGCGGUACUCCCAUCGUCAAGGACGCCGAGCUUCUGAAGAACAAGGACACCCACCCGCACAUCAUUGUGGGUACUCCUGGACGCCUGAAUGCUCUUGUUCGGGACAAGCACCUUCGUCUGGGCAGUGUCCGUAUCUUCGUGCUCGAUGAGUGCGACAAGAUGCUUGACGCCAUUGACAUGCGCCGUGACGUCCAGGAGAUCUUCCGCUCCACUCCUCAGCAGAAGCAGGUCAUGAUGUUCAGUGCCACGCUUUCGGACGAGAUCAAGCCCAUCUGCCGCAAGUUCAUGCAGAACCCCACGGAGCACUACGUGGAUGAGGACACCAAGUUGACCCUGCACGGUCUUCAGCAGUACUACAUCAAGCUGGAGGAGCGGGAGAAGAACCGCAAGCUCAAUGAGCUCCUGGAUGACCUGCAGUUCAACCAGGUUAUCAUCUUCGUCAAGAGCACUGUGCGUGCCACGGAGCUCGACAAGCUGCUCCGAGAGUGCAACUUCCCCUCGAUCGCUGUGCACUCUGGCGUCAGCCAGGAAGAGCGCAUCCGUCGCUACAAGGAGUUCAAGGAGUUCAACAAGCGCAUUUGCGUCGCCACUGAUGUCUUCGGACGUGGUAUUGAUAUCGAGCGCAUCAACCUUGCCAUCAACUACGAUCUGCCCGCCGAUGCCGACUCGUACCUGCACCGUGUCGGUCGUGCUGGUCGUUUCGGUACCAAGGGUCUUGCCAUUUCGUUUGUCAGCAGUGAUGCCGACCAAGAGGUGCUCAAGGCUAUCGAGAAGCGUUUCGAAGUUGCUCUCCCCGAGUUCCCCAAGGAGGGCAUUGAUGCCAGCACCUACAUGGCUUCUUAAGCGGGCUGGUGGCAUGCAAUGUUUGGCAAACUGAGCUUCCCAUCUUUGCGCUAGGUGCUGGUUAUACAACAUUAAAAAAAUGCAAGGAUGCGGGCGAUGAACAGAUUGACGGCUAGAGCUCGCCGACCUCUCGACUAUGAGUGUAGAGAAGCGAUUGCUAUCUGUUAUGCAAUCUCUAGAAAUUCAAGCUCGACAUGAAAUGAGAAACAUAAUGACUUUUCAA